AUGGCUGGACGGCGGCGGUCGGCUCGGAUCGCCGAACUGUCUGUGAAGGAAUCUGAGCCAGCUUCCAAAAGUCAAAAGCCCAACGAACUUAAAAUUAAAAGCAACAAGAAAAAAGGGCUUUCUUAUAAAGAAGAGAACUUGUCUCCAAAGGUAUUUUCCUAUAAAAAGUACUUUCUGGGUUUUUCAAACUUGCAAAGUUUAAAAUAAAGGACACUGAAACUAUUUUAGUUAGAACCCUUUACGAAACGUUUCCAUUCUUCUUCAUACACCUAGGCGCUAUUUAUCACUUUUCGAGUACCUUUAAGCUUUCAUGUUAUUUUCUAUAGGAAUCGAUAGACAAUUCCCCGCAGAAAUCAGAACUGAAACCGGCUCAAAAUGUUGCACGUGAGAAGCGAAAAUAUCACAGAAAAAAGGAGGUUUUCAUCAAAAGAAUUUGUUUAAUAAAAAAUUUUGGUGUUUUUAGGCUUCUUCUGAUGAUUCUUUCUAUUCGGAAAGCUGCGACCAGAACUUUGAAGUUGUGAAAAAGAAGAAAAUCCUUACCAAAAAAGCGUCUACUGGAGAAAAGACAAAGAAGAGCAAGUCUACAGGUUUUUGAAUUAUGAAAAAGAUUCAAAAUCUGUGAUUCAGGGAAGAAUGACCUUACAAGACCGAAAGGCAUGCGCGAAGCUAAAAAGGUUGAUUUUGAAGGAGGUUUUUGAAAGUUCAUAAUUUUUUUCCAGAAAAGACCUCGUCAGCCCUGGCAGAAACUUCUUUUGAACACGAAAGGGGAACAUGUCACGGUGGCGGUUGAAAAGAAGAUCGCUGAAUAUACGUACGAUCUUUUUUUCAAUAUUAAUAUUAUUCAUUAGUUUAUAAUUGUGAAGUAAUAUGGGAACUUUUUUCAAGUAAUUUGUUUAUUUUGUAGCAAAAAGGCUCCGUAACGUAGAAGUAAAAGAGCACAAAAUGAUUACAGAAAUUUUUGUUGACUGUUAUUUUUUGAAGUUCUGAAACUGUAUUCAACGAAAGGUGAUUGAUCAGCACAGGUGCUUUUUCUUGAGAUCAUGAACACGAAAAUUGUUGAGAAUAAUCUUUAAAAAAACCUCCAACCUUCUCUUCAAGUAGAAGAUUAUCAGUUCAGGAAAUGCAAAGCAAACUAUGUUUUAUUGCUUCCAGAAAAGUGGCGAAACACUUGGCAAAGGGUCGCACCUUUGAAAUCACUUUCGCGGAAUGUGUCACCAUAUCGCAAGAGAUCGAAAAAGCCAGCGAUCGAGGUGUCGACCUUGAAGAAUCCGUCAAAAUGUUCUUGGAAAAAACAUCGGAAUCAAAGAAAAGAGAAGGUAAAGAUUUUAUUUUAAUGGUGGUAUAAUAUAUCUUUCGAAGAUGAUGAUGAAUCCGAGGACGAGUGGGAAGAAAUGGAGGAUUUCGAGCCGUUGUUGGAAAGAUUGGUUGGAAAUUACUCGAGUGACAAAUAUAUUUUGAAAUAGGUUGAAGUGAACCUCGGCGGACAGAAAGAGGAAGAAUACAGGGCCGAGUGGGGACACGCUCUACGUUCCAUUGUCAAUCGACUCGUUAGAGAAUCUUGGGAGAACGUCCAUAAGGUCGAUUUUAUUCUCUAUUCAACACAAGGUUGUUGGAUUUUUCUAACACAUGAAGUUCAUUGAAAGAAGAUUGAAAAAAAUAAUUUUGAGGUAGAGCUUUUAUUUGAAUUUUCAAUUUUCAGAAGAUGAAGAAUACGAAUUAGUUUUAAAAAUGCAGAUCGAAAGAACGAAAUGAAAAUAAUUUAACGUGAAGCGUGAAGAAUUCAUUUUCAUCUUUCUCAAAUUUUUUUACUUCUCAAAGUUCCGCUUCUUUCCUUACGUUUCAAGAUUUGAGUAGUUUUUGUUUUUUCUUCAAUUAUCAUGAAACCGAGAAAUUUCGCGUGCAAUUUUUUCUCUGCAUGAUGAAUAAUGAUUUUUCUUCACUUUUAUUUGAAAAUAAGUCAUUUAACGGUCCUUCCUAAUGAGUACGUUUUUCAAUGCUCUAAUGUUAUUUUAUUCUGAAAUCACUCUGUGUGCAAUUUUUAACAGACCGUUGGAGGAAAAGACAAGAAAUCUACAUAGACUGGAAUUCACAGCAUAAGCCUAAUUUUUAUUGUCCAUAUGCCAUUAGGAUCUGCCACGCCUUAUUUUGGGGCAUUUUCAACUUCCAAUAAGCCAUUAUAUUUUUCAAUUAUAUUUUUUGAUAUUUUCAAUGAUUCUCUUUUUACAGGCCCAGAUUCUCGGUUUCAUAGCUCAUCUCCGUUACAUUGCCGACGUGGCAUUGUUCCAAAAUAUUCUUCCCGCUUCUCUUCUUUCUUUGGUUUGGUUAUGUUCCUUCACGUUUUUCCAAAAUUGUAAUUUAUAGGUUCCGGACAAUGUUUUACGAAGAUUCCAAGAAAGUAAAACUGCAGAUGGAACUGCGGCUGUUCUCAAGUGGUUCAAGAAGACUUUCAAGGUAUUAUCGAAAAAAAAAAUCAAGGAAGAGAAAAUUUUUUUUCAGGAACAAUCAGGUGAAAAAGAUUACAUCUUCAGUUUUUCAAGGUAUUUUUGGAACAACUUCUCCAGGCGCUUAAUUAAAUCUUUCAGAUUGUUCAAGUGCAUCCAAAAGUGCUGCCUUUCAACGAGUCAGGAUGUGUCUGUGGUAUUUUUCAUCAAAGAAUCUGUGUUUUUAUUUUUUAUUCAGCUUUUCUUUUGUCUAUUGCACGCUCUUGGAGCAACUGUUCGCCUUUGUGUGGCCUGUCACACGGUUUUUCGUCGCUGGGACAAGGUUCUUCAUGAUUUUUUGACGAUUUCUGAAUGAAAGCAAUGUUCUAGAAUGUUAUCGCACAACUGGAAGCUCAAAGAGAACAGAUUUCACAAGAAGGAAUCAAGGCGCAAGAUUCUGCCGUUUACUGGAUCGAGAUCUGGUCUCCUGAUGAAGAAAGAUGGAUCUGUAAUAAAUUAAUAAUCACUCAAUCCAUCAACUUUGUUUUGAAGGUGUUGAUCCGAAAAGCGAGGUGUUCGAUGAUCCGAAGGCCAUCGCGAAGUCGGUCGACUGUCCCAUCACCUAUGUGCUCGCCAUUGAUAAUGGUUCAUUUUUUUUUUUGGGCAAAGGUUCAAAAAAGAGCGGCUAAAUUGUCUAGAAGACAGUUCAUUUCAUUGAGGAGUUAACAUAUUUACAAAAAAUGUCUUCGAAAAUUUAGAUAAAGAUCCCUCGCCGUUGUCACUUGUACAAAUUUUGCAUUUGAAGUUUUGAAACUUCAAAUUUUUAUCUUUCAUAAAGAGGUUUUGUUGGUGAAAUUUCAAAAUUCCGAGUCUUCAAUACUUGGAGUUUUCUCAGAACUUUUUCUAGACCUUCAGAAAGGCUUUGAACGAUCAUAGUUCCAUCCAAUUCUGUAACUCUUUUGUCAGUUUCCUUUUGUUUAGAAAAAGGAGUAUCUGAAGUGGCCCAUAGGUAUGCCCUGGACUAUAUUCAGCAGGAAUUCCGUCGACGACGGACCAAUUCAUCAUGGAUAUCAAAAACUUUGCAUCUCCCGGUUUGAAAAAAAGUCAAAAAAUCUUUGAAACCUCAAGUUGCAACUUUUUAAAGGGUCUUGUCGCGAACCAAGAACGAGCCAAAUCAGAAAAACUACGAUUCGAGAAGGAUUUACUUGAAACUCCCGUCCCUUCAACUCUGAAAGAGCUCAAGAACCAUCCUCUGUGAGUUUAUCGUCUUUUGAAAAUUCCUUCUUGGAAGUAUUCAGUCAGGCAUUUUAAACUGGAAAACGCGUUGAUUCACUUCAUAUCAAGCUUUUGAGAGCAGCUGAAAUUAGAAAAGUUUCUGGUUUUCCUCCAAAUUAAAGGAAGGGGUAAAAAUCCAGGAAAGACAUUGUUUGCCUGUUGUCGAAAUUUCAGAAGCUGAGCGAAAUAAAAUCGUAUGAUUUAAUUUGCACGGAAAAAAAGCCAAUUUCGACUUUCAUUCUGUUCAGCUUCGUCCUGAAACGCGACCUUCUCAAGUACCAAGGCAUCUACCCUCCUCCCCAUAAACAGAAACCUGUGGGAUGUGUUCGCGGUCACAAAGUCUAUCCGAGAUCGACCGUUUUCACACUACUGUCGGAGUUUGAAUGGACGAGGCUCGCCAGAAGCAUCAAGGUUAGAUUAGGAUCCAGGAAGCUUGACUACUAAUUGAACAAAUUUUAUUUUGUUUUCGCAACGUCCAGAAUUUCUUCUUGAACAGCUUUUUAGUUUCUGAGAGAUAAUGACUCGAAGUUUUCUCCGGCUUUGAGGGGGUUCUCGAAAACUAGAAAUUUUAGGGCUUUCAGGUUUUUUAUCCAAUACAUAAAGAAUUAUUCUGGCCGAAUCUCAAAAAACUCCCAGCCAAACAGUAAAAUUAUGUUCUUUGUAAGUUGACCAGGGCGAUCGAGGAUAUUAUGUACCUGAAUAUGAAAAUGAGACAAAUUUUGAUGUAACUUUUACUAAUGAGAUAUUACUCAAUACAUUUUUUAAGUAAAUGUUUUGCUCUUCAGGAAAGAGGAGAAGCCCUACAAAAUGGCUCGUAUCAUCAACGACCCUCGGCUUCCGAAGGACGAAGAGCAUUUCGAACCUAUUUUCGGUUUCUGGCAGACGGAAACUUAUCGCGCGCCUCCUCUAAAAAAUGAUGUAACUUGGGUCCUCAAGAAGUUUUUCAAUUGGGUUUUAGGGAAGCAUCCCAUGCGAUCAUCGAGGCCGAGUUCCACUCUUUCAGCCGUUGAUGUGUCCUCAAGGGACUGUACAUUUGAAGUAGGUAAUUUUGAAUCAAAUAAUAGCUUUCUUAGGCUUUCUCGAUGUAAAAAGUUAAUUCUACAAAGCUAUAAUAAACCUCUGGAAAAAAGUGGGAAACUUAUUUUAGUAUUUUUUUUAUAAAGUUAUGGUUUGAAAAACCGAGGAAAAAUUUUAUCUGAUAGGAAAAAUAUUGUAGAAACGUUUAGGAUGUCUUUUUGAAAGGCAAAGCUCGUUUUAAGUUUCAAAACGGUGAAGGAUUCCGGCUUCACCGGUGAAAUUCAAAAGCUUGUUAAAGACGACUAUUUGUUCCAGAAAUAAAAGUUUGAUUUGUUAGAAAAAAAAAUUAGAUUCUCAAAAAUCAUUUUUCAGUUUUCCCGGUUUGAUCGCGGUUGCUCGACAUCUAAACAAGCCAUGUCGACCGGCACUUGUCGGAUAUGAUAAACAAGCUUUUUCGAAUCUUCCGGUGUAUGUUUCCACUUUUUUUUUCAGCAAUUUGUGAUCAUAUCUUCAAUUAAUGAAGGGUCCCGAGCUAAAAGACCAGAAUCUUGAAUUUUUAUUAAGAAGCGGGGAUUUCUGUCAAGUGAAGAUCUGAUUGGAAGAUUCUUGAUUGAAAUUUUGCUGAUUUUUCUUUGUUUUUAGCUUGCAAGGAGCCUGUGUCUUGGCCAAAGACGCGAAAAUUUUCACCAAGCACGCGAAAAUCGCCAUGGAAGUGAUAGCAAGAAGAAACGCCAAGGUUUUCAUCGAUUAUUGUAAUUCUGUAAGAAGAGCGGCUUCCAGAUAUACACAGAUCGAGUGUAUGGCAACUGGCGGAAGCUGAUACGAGGCAUUUUGCGUCUCAAUUAUGUUCAGAAAAAGUUUGGCGCCGUUGAGGGGGGUGAAGUUGAGAAAAAGGUGAAAAUCACAAUGAAAUCCCUCAAUUUGAGUUCUUUACAGUCUGAGGAGAAGAAGCCUUUUGAAUCGGAAAAAGAUAAAGAGAAGAAACCUCGGGAAACUUUGCUGAAGGAAGUUCCUAAUAGAUUCGUCGACAAUACUCCUCGUUUUGUGAAUCUUGCACCCCUUGACGGCUUUUCUCAUGAUGAUUUGAUGCAAUUUUGA